AUGGAUAAAGACCUGGUACGAGCGCUGGCGGCCUCCCGCUCGGGAAAAGCAGAUCAAUCUGAAGAGGAUAGUGAACUCCAGGAAGCCAUUCAACUCUCCAAGAAGGAGAAUGGUACAACGUCUCAUACGUCCUUUGAAGAUCAGCUCCGAGAGAGGACGGCGAAAAUGAAGCGCAAGGCGGAAGAGGAGCUAGAACAUAGUGUGAAGCGCUCAUACUCCGGAUGGACGCCUAUAAACGCGUCCUGGGCCAACUACAGCUCUUCGAGCCCAGCUUCUCUCGCAAAACCACCACCUUCACCCCCCUCUUCAGCUGCUCCAUCAAAGCUCACCAUUACCUAUCCAGAUGGCGCACUUCGCAUCACUCGCACGCCAGGUAGGGGAAACACCAAGAAUUGCGUCAAUCUGACAGACCUGAUUCACGCGAAGCACCUCAUCUCAGCCUGUAUAUUCUCCUUCUACAUCGGCGGUGAUGAGCUGUAUGACCAUCUUCCUCUUUCGCAUUCUUCUAAUGCUGUACCUAUUUACAUUGGACGAGACGUAAACCAGGAUCCUAUGGUCCAAGAAGCAUGCUCCGAGGUCGGCAUAUCCUUCAUCAAUAGUUCGAUAUCAAAAAGACAGUUGCAAAGCAUCACCCCUAAUCUCCGAGAACUCUAUAGCCAGAAGUACGGGAAUAACUAUCAUGCAUUCUACGCGUGGUCUGUCGGCUCUUCGCACUCCAAGAUACUUGUUCUCGUAUAUCCUGGUUUCCUAAGAAUCAUCAUCACCUCUUGCAAUAUGAUGAAUAUCGAUACGGUUCUAGGUGACAACCACUGGUAUAUUCACGAUCUGCCAAAACUUUCAUCGCGAGCCGUUUCUGAGCCAUCUCCCUUCGAGGAAGGUCUUUUAGCACAUCUGCAAGCCCUCAGUACCCCCGACGUCUUUCUUGAAUCCGUCCGAGGCAUGUAUGACUAUUCCGCAGUCAAGGUGCAUCUCGUCACUUCUGUUCCCGCUGUCUGUUCUGGUCGCAAAGCAGAAAAUCAUGGCCUACUUCGCCUUAGACGCGUUAUCAGAGAUCUCGACCUGAAAAUGCCGGAAAAGAAGAGUGGGAAGUUGAGGCUCGAAGUAUGCGCAGCAAGCAUCGGUAACUUAUCUGCUAAGUGGCUUAAUAACUUCAAUGAUUGUGCUCUAGGAAAAGAAUUGAUUGAAGUCGCUGGUGAGGACUGUGCCGUCCCAGACUUGAAAUUGUUCUAUCCGAGUAUCAAAGAUGUCAUUGAGGCGAACGAGUCUGCGCAGGAUGCUGCAAGCAACAUUGGUUGCCAUACUCGCCCAUGGGAUGAUGUGCCAAUUGGAAUCAAGAGUAUUUUCCACCACUAUCAAUCGAAAGAUACUGGGCGGCUAUUUCACCAGAAACUCAUCCUAGCAUACAAUCCUCGAGACGAAAAUGCUCAUCCCUAUUACGUCUAUGUGGGUUCUGCCAAUUUCUCCCAGUCUGCAUGGGGUGUGCUCGAGAACGACGAAAGAGCAAUCAGCGAUGCGACCUGCAAGACGAAAGUUGUCAAGAUGAACAACUUUGAGUGUGGCGUGGUGAUUCCUGGCACCCUGGUUGAGAGCUUACUGGAGCCUGGAACAGAGAGCUGGCAGAGUGGGAUCGUGCCUUACGUCCAGAGUGGAAAGAGAUACGAUCUGCCAGGCAAUAGCAUCCAGAGUAGAAAUAGACAUAAUCUGGAUAAGCCCUGGAAUGAUUUGAGAUGGGUCAGAACCAACAAGAAGGUUAACCAGGCAGCGCGUGGUGAAGAUUUCGCUUGA